AUGGCCAAAAAGAAAGUUGCAGGGGUUCCAAACAAGGCCUCAUACUGCCGCCUCUCCUUCAUGUACCAAGCGGCAUCAUUCCUGGCAGCAGCAUCUGCCAACCAGAGCCAAAGUUCCGAUCUGGCUGCCUCACAAAAGACGGAUUCUGAUUAUCAUAUGAAAGUUGACGGCGACAAUAUCAACCACCCCAAUUCAGAGAAGCACCGUAGGACCGCCAUGCAAACUCGGAAUAUGUCUCACAGACUGCUUGCAGACCUCCGCUCCGUCUCCCUCAAGUCUCAGACCCGAGUCAGCCCGGCCAUGAAGCGGUCCAUUUGCAAAUUCUGCGACACGCUGCUUGUCGAGGGCCAGACAUGCACCUCCACCGUCGAGAACACGAGCAAAGGCGGCAGGAAGCCGUGGGCAGAUGUCUUGGUCAUAAAGUGCCAUACCUGCCACCACGCGAAGCGCUUCCCCGUCAACGCGCCAAGGCAGCAGCGCCGGCCCUUGCGCACUGCUAAAGAAGAAGCAUCGCAGCAGAGUGCGAAGCAGGGUGCUUCCGACGAACCGCAGCCUCAACCACAGAAGGAGCCUUGA